CACGCCGGUGCUAAUUGGCCGGGGAGGCGGCCCCGCCCGCGAGUGGCGGGCGGUCACGUGACGCGACGGCUGGGGGCUCCCGGCGCGGGGGACGCUGGUGGCCAAGAUGGCGGCAGAGCUGGUGGAGGCCAAAAACAUGGUGAUGAGUUUCCGAGUCUCCGACCUCCAGAUGCUGCUGGGAUUCGUGGGCCGCAGCAAGAGCGGGCUGAAGCACGAGCUGGUCACCAGGGCCCUGCAGCUGGUGCAGUUCGACUGCAGCCCCGAGCUGUUCAAGAAGAUCAAAGAGCUGUACGAGACACGCUACGCCAAGAAGAGCGCAGAGCCCGGCCCGCAGCCCCACCGGCCCCUGGACCCGCUGACCAUGCACUCGGCCUACGACCGGGCCAGCACAGUGCCCAGGACUCCCCUGUCGGGCCCCAACAUUGACUACCCUGUUCUCUAUGGGAAGUACUUAAAUGGACUCGGACGUUUGCCCACCAAGACCCUCAAACCAGAAGUCCGCCUGGUGAAGCUGCCCUUCUUUAACAUGCUGGACGAGCUGCUGAAGCCCACCGAGCUAGUCCCACAGAACAGCGAGAAGCUGCAGGAGAGCCCGUGCAUCUUCGCCCUGACGCCCCGGCAGGUGGAGCUGAUCCGGAACUCCAGGGAGCUGCAGCCCGGAGUCAAGGCCGUGCAGGUGGUCCUGAGGAUCUGCUACUCGGACGCCAGCUGCCCGCAGGAGGACCAGUACCCGCCCAACAUCGCCGUGAAGGUCAACCACAGCUACUGCUCGGUCCCGGGCUACUACCCUUCCAACAAGCCCGGAGUGGAGCCCAAGAGGCCCUGCCGCCCCAUCAACCUCACCCACCUCAUGUACCUGUCCUCAGCCACCAACCGCAUCACCGUCACCUGGGGGAACUACGGCAAGAGCUACUCGGUGGCCCUGUACCUGGUGCGGCAGCUGACCUCGGCGGAGCUGCUGCAGAGGUUGAGGACCAUCGGGGUCAAGCACCCGGAGUUGUGCAAGGCGCUGGUCAAGGAGAAGCUGCGCCUGGAUCCCGACAGCGAGAUCGCCACCACCGGUGUGCGGGUCUCCCUCAUUUGCCCGCUGGUGAAGAUGCGGCUCUCGGUGCCCUGCCGGGCGGAGACCUGCGCACACCUGCAGUGCUUCGACGCCGUCUUCUACCUGCAGAUGAAUGAGAAGAAGCCCACCUGGCUGUGUCCAGUGUGUGACAAGCCAGCUCCCUACGACCAGCUCAUCAUCGACGGGCUCCUCUCCAAGAUCCUGAGCGAGUGUGAGGACGCCGAUGAGAUCGAGUACCUGGUGGACGGCUCCUGGUGCCCGAUCCGCACUGAGAAGGAGCGGAGCUGCAGCCCCCAGGGCCCCAUCCUGGUGCUCGGAACCUCAGAUGCCAGCGGGCUCCUGCCCACCCCCAGUGUCAAUGGCGGCAGUGGUGGCACCCUGGGCAGCGCGAGCAGCGGGGCAGCCUCCGUGGGCAGCGUGGAGAACGGCAAGCCUGGGACCGACGUGGUGGACCUCACACUGGACAGCUCGUCGUCCUCGGAGGAGGAGGACGAAGAGGAGGAUGAGGACGAGGACGAGGAGGGACCCCGGCCCAAGCGCCGCUGCCCCUUCCAGAAGGGCCUGGUUCCGGCCUGCUGACCGCCGGCCACAUGACCUGAAAUUUCCCUGGUGCUGACCACGCGGAGGGCGGGCGGCCGGGCGCAGAGGAGCAGCGAUUCCUUCUCUUUUCAUUGUCCGUUUGUCCUCUCGGCCCUCCCUGGCUCCUGGCACCUGCACCUCUGGACUCUCCUCUCGGGGAUUAAAAAAAAGUAAAAUGACAAAAAAAAAAAAAAAAAAAAAAAAAACGAGAAAAAGAAAAAACGAAACCGACAAAAAAGACGGACUCUUCCACAAGGCCGCCGGCCCGGGAGGAGGGGCUGCGUGGGAGGGACCCAGGAGCCUGGCCGCGACCAUUCCAGCUGGGGCCUGGCCGUUGGGAGUGGCGGCCCGGCGACCACCGCAACUGAGCGACAUGCUCUGUCCCCUUGCUUUGCUCUCCGCGAUGCGUCCUCCCUGGAGACCCUCGCCGCGCCCACAGCGCUGGGCUCCGAAGCCAUGGGUGGGGCGGCCGGGUCGCCGCAGGUGGGUUGUUUUUGAAAGUGCAAUAACGUGGUAUCUUGAAGACCCGCGGUGGCCAGCGCCCCCCGGGAGGCGGCCCCGGUGCGGCACCGUGUGGCGUGGGGGGGUCAGUUUCUAGCCAGCUACCUCGGUAACUCCAAUUCAGGUUAACUUCCCUACGGAACAGCACAGAUGUCCACCGCCAGCCGCGCCGCGCCCCGGGCAGGGAGGGCGUGGCGUCCGAGGGCGGCAGGUCUCUUGAUUUGGGUUGGUUCCCCUCCCGCCAGGCUCCUGGGCUCCCACCGGCCCGGGGCCCGCUCGCCCACCCUGGAGCCGGCGCCCCCACGCGGCCAGGAGGCAGCGGCAGAGGGCUCCCCCUGCGCUGCGGGCCCUUCCCGCUGCCCUGGUCAGGAGGCAGGGUGGGGCCGCGGCUGGGCGUCAGGACUGCUGUAUGAACUCCCGCCGACGGCCGCCCACGGCCGAGGCCGCUGUUUUCUAAUAUUUGUAUUCUAAUUUAAUUGUUUUUUAAAAAUGCAAAUAAAACGGUCAAGGUGAAGCCA